CGGCGAUCUCGCUAUCAUGAGACAUGACGCAUACCUAGCGAUCGAAGUCCAGGAAGAUCCAACUAACAUCUUUCAUUAUCGUCGCAUUUUGCUGACUAUUUGGUGAUCGCUGGUACAGUUCAACUCCAAGUGUUCAGCUGCCUAUCUGUAGUAAUAGUUAGCAGGGCUAGCUGCAAGUACUGUCCUCGUUUUACUUCGCUCACCCAAAGGAGAGUUGCACUUGGUUUCAAGUUCUACAGUUCCAAAAGUUGCUUACUGUGGGAUUUUGGGUCACGGCGGACGAAGAACCGGAGUGCAUAUUUUCUCAAUAAUCAAUUCGAUUGAGGACAACGAUCAACAUGUCUCAGAAUAAGAAAUUGCAAGACACCCAGAAUCAGGUGGACGAGGUGAUGGGAAUCAUGCGCACUAACGUCGACAAAGUCCUGGAGAGAGAUCAAAAGCUCACUGAUCUGGACGACAGAGCAGAAAACCUGCAGGUUGGUGCUAACCAGUUUGAGCGGACUGCCACGCGGCUGAAGCGAAGAAUGUGGUGGAAGAACUUCAAAAUGUGGAUUAUCAUUGGUGUUGUGGCUGUGGUCCUUAUCACUAUCAUCGCUGUGCUCAUCUGGAAGUUUUCGUAAUGUAGUCAUGUUAGAGUCUUCACAUUAUCGUUAUAAGCUUUGCCGUUCUUCACUUUUGUGUCGUCUUAGUGUAGCAGCAUGCCGCUGUACUUUCCUUUUUGAACGUUAUCUUAUUGUGAUCAGUCGACUCGAGCUGGCGAUGGCAGUGACUUUACCUGUUUACUCAAUCAAUUUAUUUUUAUAUUGGAUUUUUGUAGUAUAAUUAUCUCUCCAGUUCUCUCUCUCUCUCUUUCUCUCAUUUGGUCAUUCACUCACUCACUCACUCACUCACUCACUCACUGACGAGGGAGGGGCACAUGUGUACAGUUUUUUUUCUUGAAACUCACCCACUGUGAAUGGAGCAAGCUUCCCACACAUUGCAACGCAGCUCCGCCAUGCUCUUUUUAAAGGACUGUUUUUUUGUGAACCAGUCCUGUAACUUCGCUCAUGAUUGUCCCUAGGUAGUACCGGAACAUUGGCUGAAUAAUGGAAUUUGUCUAUUCAGAGUUGACCAGGCUGAAGCGUAGCCCAAAAUCGGCCAGUGCAUGGUACCAGACUUGUCGGCCUGUUCUGCUGCUAUCUUGUCAUAGAUAAGAAUGCUUGGCCGGAUCAGACUGUCCUUUGCUAUCCUCUGGCUGACGGCAGUCUACUUCAGUUUACGGCUGCUGUGGUUGCUACUGUGUCUCCAUGUAUAAGACUUAGUGUUCUCGAUCUAGGUCAUUAUAUUUUUUAUCUUUUAAAAUUAUGUUGUUGAUGUUGAUGUAAUUGUAAAGUUGUUCGACUGAUUGCGGUGCCUGCCGGCUGCAAGAUGAAUCCUACUCUCUA